GACAGACAGACAGACAGACAGACACACACACACACACACACACACGAUGAGCCAGCAGCAGCAGAAGUCAGUGAAAGUGGACGCCGUGGCGCGGCUACAGCUCUUUAACUGCGUGCACGCGGACUGCGGCGCCACAUUCACGCGCAAGUGGCGUCUCGAGGAGCACGAGACCACGCACACCGGAGCGCGGCCAUUCAAAUGCCCCGUGGAAGGAUGCGCGCGCCGGUUCUCCCGCAGGUCGCACCUCAGCAGGCACGCGCUGAAACACAAAGGCAAACUCCUCAGGUGCUCUGCGGCGAGCUGCACCAAAACCUUCUCCAACAAGGACAAGCUGAAGAGACAUGUCCGCUACGCGCACGGGGACAAGGAGCGCUACUUCCAGUGCACCUCUCCCGGCUGUGGGAGGACGUUCCGGAAGCGGCGCCUGCUCAAGCUUCACCAGGCGACUCACGGCAUCUCCUCAGGCUUCAGGUGCUUGAAGGCCGGCUGCAACGCGACGUUCAGGACACACAUAGCCCGAAAAGCUCACGAGAAAACACACACAGGUUAUCGCUGUCCUCACUCGCAGUGUCCUGUAGUGGAACACACCUGGGGCAAAUUACUGAAACACACAGCUAAACAUCCUGCCUCACACACCUGCUCCAUGUGUAAGAAGUUGUUUGUGAAGCGUGAGACCCUGCGCAGACACAAGCGUACUCACGCCCUGCAGAAGCCGGUGCUCCUGUGCCCCAGUGAGGGCUGCCAGGCGUACUUCUCCACCACCUUCAACCUGCAGCACCACAUCCGCAAAGUCCACCUCAAGCUGCUGCGCCACCGCUGCUCCUUCCCCGGCUGUGACAAAGCCUUCGCCAUGAGGGAGAGUCUGAUCCGUCACCUGCUGCAUCACGACCCCGACGCUGCCAAACCCAGGGCAAGUCUCUUUACACGUCUUUACACGUCUCCUCAGGCUGACUGUGUUCACUUCAGCUUCUGUCUGAGAGGAGGCAGAAGCGCAGCAGUAAGAGCUGGCAGAAGCGUCUGGAAGGCCGGACUCGUGGCUCUCUGGUGGAGGAUGACCUCCGGCGUCUCUUUGCUCUGCGCAUGCGCUUCUCUCGCCGGACCAAGCUGGAGGCUGACCUGUCCGGAUUAUUCAACGAGCGCAAGAUCCCACACCACGUUGACCCUGAGGUCAACCUGCGUGACCUCUUCAACAUCAAACCCCAUCAAAAGGUCAAAGGUUAAAGUCUGACUGCAUUCUUGUCUGUCCACUCAGGAUGUGAAAAGAGCAUUGUGUAAUUUACUGCAGAGAAAGAUUUGAGUUGAAAUGGAACUGAGGAUCAUUGAGUUUUUUUCAGGAUUUGAGUUUGAACAAAAAAGUCUUUAUUUUAGGUGAAAGAUGACCAGUGGAGUUAAAAGUUUGGGAUAAACUGACCUCAGGCUGAAUGAUUGAUUUAUUUAUUUAUUUAUUUGAAAUCGGAUGCUUUAAGUCUGAGUUCUGUAAAUUGUUUGUGAUGAAGAUAAUAAAUGGACAGAA